UUGUCACUUAAUAGGAUGCUCUUUAGAGUACUUCCUGUUAACUGGUUUAGUUGGGUUGAUUUUCAAAAGAGAAAGCUGAAUGAUCCGACAUCCCUUGUGACAACUGGAGGAGGGUUGCAAGCAACACUUUCCCGUUUUGUAUUGACUGGUUUAUCCUGCAAAAUGAGUGGCUGCCGAGUGUUCAUUGGGAGACUGAACCCUGCUGCCAGAGAAAGGGAUGUGGAAAAGUUCUUCAAGGGAUAUGGACGAUUAAGAGACAUUGAUUUAAAGAGAGGUUUUGGGUUUGUGGAAUUUGAUGACCCAAGAGAUGCUGACGAUGCAGUAUAUGAGCUGGAUGGGAAAGAGCUGUGCAACGAACGAGUCACCAUUGAACAUGCCAGAGCACCACGGAGAGGAGGAUUCCGGGGAGGAAGAGGUGGCUAUGGAGGUGGUGGCAGUGGUGGUGGAAACAGAUUUUCUGAUAGAUACGGAAGUAGACGUCCCCGAAAUGAAGGCAGGAGGAGUGCCCCUCCUCCACGUACAGAAAACCGUUUGAUUGUGGAGAAUUUAUCUUCGAGAGUCAGCUGGCAGGACCUCAAGGAUUUUAUGAGACAAGCUGGAGAAGUUACUUUUGCGGAUGCACACCGACCAAAGUUAAAUGAAGGGGUAGUCGAAUUUGCUUCUUACAGUGACCUGAAGACUGCUAUGGAAAAGCUGAAUGGUAAAGAAAUCAAUGGAAGGAAAAUCAGAUUGAUUGAAGGCUAUAAAAAAAGGUCCCGAAGCAAGUCUCGAUCACGGAGUAGAAGCUCUUCUAGGUCCCGCAGUCGAUCUCGUUCCCCAAGCCGCAGAUCUUACUCAAGGUCCAGGAGUAGAAGUGCCAGCAAGUCCCCAAGCAGGUCUCCUGCUGCCGAUAAGUCUCCAAAGCGUGCAUCUUCAGCUUCACAUUCCAAGUCUCCAAGUCCACAACCAAGAUCAAGAUCACAUUCAAGAUCACGGUCUAGAUCUGCAGACAGCAGAAACUGAAUUGUGUGCAUAUUUUUUAAGAAACUUUUGUUACCAGUUAUGGCGUGUGCAUAAUGCCUCUUGAGACUGAAUUUUACUGGAUGUGAUGUGUGGGUUUGGGGGGGGGGGUAAAUACCUGGAAAAGUGAAACAAUGUAUUUUUCUUUAUGUGGACCAUACAAGUAGGUACAAGAACCUUUGGGUAGAGUUGUACUAUUUUUUAUUUAUUUUUUUCCUAUACCGGUUUUUACUUCAUGAUCUGUUUACAAUACACACUACAGAACCCUUAAACCAGAAUAAAUCAUCUUCCAUGUUAGUUGUGUACUCCGGGUGGCUUUGAAAAAGUGGCAUCGUGAGCAUGCAACCCACUUUUUAGGAAACAUUUGCUCUCGAGUCAAAGCCCUAUAGUGACCCUAUCCGCAGAGAUUUAGUCAGCAAGUAAGGAAUGGCUGUAGAUAGCCAGACCUUUUUUGUCCUCUCAUCUAAGGACUGUUUGGACUCCAGUCCAUGUACUGCAUGUCUUUGAGAUGUAGGAGGAAAACAAAUGGAUGCCAAUAAGCCAAGCAGACUUCACACAAGUGGCUCCCAUGUCCAAUUUUAAUUUGGUUGUUUAAUUGGAAACUGCGUAGUUGCUGUUGUCCUCUUAACGAUUUAAGACUGUAAGGGGCAGGCACUGUGUACCUAAAUUUUUACUAUUCAAGUUAACCUUGCAGGCAUUGGUUGCAUGAUUGCUUCAACAUUGAUUUCCCCUCAUUGGGAAGGUCUAGAUCUCUGGUGGAUGGGGCAGCCUUAUAGCUGAAAAUCCUGUUUUUUUCAGUGUAUGCCAUCACUCUGAGAACGAGUAUUUGGCUGUUUAGGUAUUGCCAAAAAGUUGUAAAGAAAUAUGCACAUUUGUUUUCACACCCCAGUUCAAUACUUGGAGGAGCCUUAAUGGUUGCAGUUUUUUUGGAUAUGAUUGCCCACCAUUUUUAAUAAAAUGAGAGAAAGAGUUUUAGUGCA